CCCCCUCUCGCAUGCCUCGGGCCUCUUCUUUCACCACGUUUCGCCUCGCCCACCUGCGUCCUGCACGUCGUUUCCAAGCGGGCUCGCGAUCACGUCGAAGCGAUUGUUAAUGUUUCCUCUGAACGAUGAGGAAAGUCGCGUGACGUCAUCGCAAUGGCAUUGCGAGUUUUUACGCUCUACCUGGGUCGCGUACCGGUUUUCGGUGGCGUUUAAACGCGCAGUGGCAUCCCGACGGAUUUGUGUUCGUUGCACCUUUCCGGCGGAGAAUAAUCUGAAAAUCUUUUCGUAGAUUGUGAGGCGGAGAAGAAUACAAGUCGUGCACAACGGCCUUACGUUUUUCUUUACCUUCCGUCCACGACUAGUGUCAGUUUCCACCAACGCGAAUCAACUCUGACCUCUCGGUUCAGCUCGCUCCGUAUCUUUUUCUAGUUUUAAAAGUCAGUCGACGAUAAGAAGUCAUCUAAGCCGGUAUUAAAGUUGAUCUACAAAAAUGGGAGAGACCUGAGCGUUCGCGGAUCGUUUGCCGCCCGUCUCUUUCUCACCGUAGCUUACAAUCACCUGUUUCGUUAAUCAUUACCGUAUCAUUUUAAGUGCGGAAAGUAUUAUGGCGCAGCCUACGAAGAACGGAAGCCCACGUUCGUCCGUCGCCGUCAACGCCUUGCACCUCUCGUCCUUUUCUCUCCAAUGUCUACCACCUGUUUGAUUUAUCGUGUACUCCGUCGAGUACAGGAAGUGCAACGCGGUGCAGCUACGGGGAAGAACGGAAAGGAGAGAAUUCACGUUUUCUCUCGUUGUCCCCUUGCGCUUCUUUUCAUCUCCUUUUCGUUCUUUCGCUCUUUUUUUUUCCUGCGAACGUCUAAUUUUAUACCUGCCUCGUUUUCUUACGGGAAGCAAGCGCGCUGCGACAAAGGGACGCGACCCCUUCUCUCUCGUGCUACGUCACGGCGUCCCUGCCCCCCGGUGUGCGCGGGGUCGAAAGUGACCUCGUGUUUUCGUUUAGAACAAGUCGAGUUUACCCAGAAACGAGAGAGAAACCUGAGAAACGGUUCGUAGGUGCGCGUUACACCGGCGAUUCUCGUGAAUUUUUCGGCACGUUGACCUGGCUAUCCAUUAAAGAAGAGGAAUUAAUCGAGGCGCAUUCCCGAAUGCGCGUCUCUGCGCGCCUGAAAAAAAAUUCAACGUAGUCCGCACGGAGAGAAUUCAGUUUCGUCGCGCGAAACAUGGAGCUCGCGUUCCCUUCGCCGUGCAAACGUCGACGUACUCCGGCCGCCAGAGUUUUCACCUCUCGCGAAAAUGCUCAGAAGAUUUUGAAGGGUUGUAGCCCGCCCUACAAGCGCGUCAGGGCGCUGCGCCUCUUCGAUUCGCCCGCUACCCCGAAAACCCUGAUAGAGAAGAGCGUGUUGCAAACCCCGGUACCAUCGAGGAUCAGUUCUAGACUCUUUAAUCUGGAUAAACCUAAACCUUUUCUCUCCAGGAUAAGUCCCCAGAACAAGUUGGAAAAGCCCGCCGCCAAUUUAAAUCCCUUCACGCCUACUGGCAUGUUAAUAACAGCGAGAAAAAGGAGCAGGUCCAAACGCAGUCUCAAUGGCAGUAGUGCCAGCUCGCCGGAUAUGGAAGUGCCAAAGUUUGAUCUCGCCGACUCCGAAGAUUCCGACAACGAAUACGAGCACGCGACGAAACGCGUGGCGCUGCAGGACUCGAAUAUAUCGCGUUACCACAAGGAGUUCCACGAGCUGGGCUUGAUCGGGGUCGGCGAGUUCGGCUCCGUGUACAAGUGCAUCAACCGGUUGGACGGAUGUACGUACGCGGUCAAGAAGAGCAUCAAACCCGUGGCGGGCAGCACGAAUGAGAAGAACGCGCUCAACGAGGUGUACGCGCAUGCCGUCCUCGGCAAGCAUCAGCACGUGGUCCGCUACUACUCCGCUUGGGCGGAGGACAAUCACAUGAUUAUCCAAAACGAGUACUGUAACGGCGGCAGUCUCGCGGACGUCAUCAGCUCGAUGCGGGUGCAGAAUGAGUACUUCAACCAGGCCGAGAUGCGUCAACUUUUGAUGCAUGUGGCUGAAGGAUUGAGGUAUAUACACAGCAUGCAGCUCGUGCACAUGGAUAUCAAGCCUGGCAACAUCUUCAUCACCAAGGAGAAGAAAAUACACGCCCUCAACUACGACUCCACCGACGACGGUUUUGACGAGGACGAGGCCACCGAGGAUGAGAUCACGUACAAGAUUGGCGAUCUCGGCCACGUCACCUCGAUUAACAAUCCGCAGGUGGAGGAGGGCGAUUGCAGAUACCUCUCGAUGGAAAUUCUGCAAGAUGACAUUGCUCAUCUGGCGAAGGCCGAUAUCUUUGCCCUAGGGUUGACCGUUUACGAGGCGGGUGGCGGUGGACCUUUGCCGAAAAACGGACAGGAGUGGCACGACAUUAGAGAGGGCCAAUUGACAGACUUGCCGCACUGCAGUCGCGACUUGAACAACUUGUUGAAGCUGAUGACUCAUCCUAAUCCUGAAAUGAGGCCAUCGGCGCUAUCUCUGAUGCAACACCGAGUCAUGUGUCCGAUCGGGAAGAAAACCAAAGCUCAGUUGCGAAGGGAAUUGAACGCUGAGAAGCUGAAGAAUGAGAUCCUGUCCAAACGACUCCAUGACGCAGCAAUGUACCUGAAGUCUAUUGCACCCAACUUUGCCGUUGAGGGUGGUAAUUGUGACCGACUGUUGCGACCGAUACCCACCAGAUUUCCGUCAUCCCGUAUUAUAGGCAGAAAAGUCAAUCGUAGUAAUAGCACUACGAACUUUUGAAUCUUUUCCUCGUUGAAUUUUUGACACCGGUAAAGUUUAGAAAGGUGGAACUCUUGAAGGAGCGACUGGUUUCCUGAGGUCACCUUAACAUGUGAUACCGUAUUUAGUUAUUUAAGUAUGAUUACCCCCAGUAAAGACGUUUACACGCCAGAGUGCCGAAUAAAAUUACAUAUGAUUGUAAGUGGCAUUCCUCCCCAUGAUGAUUAUCUCCUGUAAUACGAUUGACGUUCAUUAUGUAGCUGUAAACGACUUAAUAUCUUUUAGUACUCUUAUUAUAAUGUAUGGUUGUGUAUUUUCUUCUGGAUUGUUAUCGAAAUUUGUUAGUACACGAGCGUAUUAUGA